GCGUUUAAAGAGCUGCAGAAGGAGAACGCAGCGCUCAGGGACGAGGUCCGCAGCCUCGGCGCGCGCGUCGCGGCCCUGGAGGGUCUCAAGACGGAGGAUGUUCCCAGCGAGCCGCUUCUGGGAGGGGAGGAGGAGGUGCCAGUUCAGAUGGGCGAAAACGCUUGGAACAUCUUGGCGGUGGUGGGGUUGACAGAUGCUGGAAUCUGGGAUGUUUCCCUUUCCUUGCUGCUUUACCUUGGGAACAUCAUGAUGCAGGCCACCUUCAUCGGAAUCCUGUUUGGCCACAGCUUCCUUGGCGAUCCCUUCGAGAGCAACGUGGAAAACAGUCGCGUCUGGCGGAAUAAGAUCGCUCACUCCUACCAGUACGUGGACUUAGCGCAGACGAGUCUCGUGACUCGAGUUUGCGAUGAAGACAGCUCCCUCAUCCAUGCCUCCUCGCAGGCAAAGUUGUUGUCCGACAUAAACAACUACCUAGGACUGCAGAAGACCGCCUUCGAGGCCACCCUGGAGCAACCAGGCGUGACACUUUGCAUGUUGUGCAUGGCUCUAUGGAGCCUCUGUGUCUUCAUCGAGCUCCGCGACAUCUGGCUGCACCUGCAGGCCAUGAUGCAGGUGCCCCGGGCAGAGCGCACCGAGUUGCGCAAGGGAACCUUCCUGAGCGUUUCUGUGAACCGGUUUAGACUCCUCCUCGCGUCUUCGCUCCUCCGCGCCGUGCUCGCGAUCGCGCUUCUGGUGGCCGGCUUGCAGUGGCUCGGGGGCACCACGUCCAUCGCCGACCUGAUCCUGAAUGCCGUCGCCCUGAAUGCCAUUCUGGACAUCGAUGACUUCGUCUUCCAGGCGGUGAUGCCGACGAAGAUUCAGCUGGCACUCCGAGGUCUGGAGCCGAUACCUCUUCGCUACACGCCCCAAAGGAGCCAAGUGGAGUCUGCCUUUCAAUUUCUGGGAUUGGUCUUGAUGCUCUUGAUUCCCUAUACCGUGCUCGUGGUCCCCUUGAGCUAUCACAUGCUUGAGGUUAAGAGGGAGAUGUGCCUUGGCAUCCAGAACUUCGUCGUGGCUUACAAUUCCGAUGUCGGCAUGACCUACGGGCUCAUGUCUCGUGGCGCCGGGGACGCCCACGACACCUUGGCCGAGCUGGCCGUUGAAAGCUACAAGUUCAAAAUGGAGAGUCCCUGGAACCCAAAGAACGGAGCGGAACCGCCUGCGCCGAAAUACAUGCAGCUUAGUCUGGAAACUCAGCAAUUCGAGUUUGGUCGCAUCCGGAAGAUGUCUGAGGAGGCGGAGUACUUCCCGGUAUGUUGGGAGAAAGACAUCAAUCCAGACGACAAGUCAGACGCUUCUAUAUCCAGCUUGAGUGCCAUUGCGCGCGGCCGCAUGAACGCCGCAGCUUUCGAUGUCAAUAGCAAGGCCACCACCUGCAAGGAGCUGAAAGCGUCGUGCUAUCUUCCGGAGGCACGAAUGCUGCGGCUCAUGUGCGGCCAGACAUGUGGAUGCACAGAUGCGAUGUCGUCUCCAUGGUACAAAGUCCAAAGAGAGGGCUGCGCUGGGAGGUGUCUCGAAGAACGGACGAUGCAGAUUAGGGAUCUGCCGUGCAAAGACUUUCCUGAAGCGGGUGCCGAAGACGGCUGGAAUCAUUUCUGGGAUAACUUGGACGAUAUCUUUGCCGAGUUCUUCGGGCCGAACCGAAUGCCCUACGACAAAAAAGACCUUGAAAAAAUCGCAUUGAUCAAAGCCGGCGGCUGCCCAAAGCUGAAAGCGAAUCCGAUCGAUAAACUAACAGGAGAGAGCCUCUGCGAGGGAAUGGCCGAGUUGUUCGGCCCGCUCGCCUACCUCUGCCCGGUCACCUGUGGCUGCCAAAGUCUCACAUCCGAGGAUGCCUUGGCAGAGCAUUGCCCAAAGAGCUGCCUUAAGCCGAUUUGA